AUGGAGACCCUGUGCCUGAUCUCAGCCAGGGAGGCCCUCCGCUGUUCCUCCCAGCCACAGGCUCGAGGCGAAGCCCUGCCACCUGCCUGCGCUCGCGGGCUGCCCACCGCUGACAUAACGCAGCCCUCUGCCCGCAGGCUCGAGGUCACCUUGUCCUCCACGGACUGUUACAUCGUGCAUGAGAUCUACAAUGGAGAGAAUGCUCAGGACCAGUUUGAGUAUGAGCUGGAGCAGGCGCUGGAAGCCCAGUACAAAUACAUAGUGAUAGAGCCCACUCGCAUUGGGGAUGAGACGGCCCGCUGGAUCACCGUCGGGAACUGCCUGCACAAGACCGCCGUGUUAGCGGGCACCACCUGUCUCUUCACCCCUCUGGCACUUCCAGUAGAUUAUUCUCACUACAUCUCCCUGCCUGCUGGUGUGCUGAGCGUGGCUUGCUGCACCCUUUAUGGUAUCUCUUGGCAAUUUGAUCCCUGUUGCAAGUACCAAGUAGAGUACGAUGCCUAUAAACUUUCCCGCCUGCCCCUGCAUACGCUCACCUCCUCCACUCCAGUGGUGCUGGUGAGGAAGGACGACCUGCACAGAAAGAGACUGCAUAACACGAUAGCACUCGCUGCCCUGGUGUACUGUGUAAAGAAGAUCUAUGAACUCUAUGCUGUAUGA